CCAAGCCUAGUAGUACUGCUAGUGUUUGUUUAAAGACUUGCAUUGUCCACCUGACUGUCGACUGAAUCGCCCGACGCAAUCGUUAUUGUGCCACGUACAACGCUGCCAACUCUUCUUCUGUUAUACCGUUACUAAGAACAACGAAAGACACGGUACAUGUACUGGAUGCUGCACCAAUGCUGGCCGGGCAAAAGCUGCCGAGGGGUCGAGGAGCAAGCAAUGUCGAGCGUAGCAGUAGUGUCCUGCAUACGAGCUCACGUUACACCGCUCUCACAUCUUUCCAUCCUCCCACCACAGUGCCAUACAAUCAUUUGGCCUGCGCUUGCUUAGGCAAGACAGCUACCACCAAUCAUUCGUAGACCGACCACCUACACAAGACUAACCCUCACAGUAGUUUCCACUUGAUCAUCUUCAUUGACUGAUCAACGUACCGCGAUGUCUACUCCUCUCGUACCACCACGUCCGAGCCGCAGUCAUGCCGGCACAACGGCCGUGAAGCAAGACACACCUCAGAUCCCACCUCGCCCGGUCCGCAAGAGCGACCCUUCUCCCGAUCGCGACUUUCGCUCGCCGCUCAACUACCUGCCGGGCUCCAAUGGCGGCCGCUGGCAGCCACCACAUGGUGCUUCCACAGGGCAUGACCCCGUCCGCCGUCCGUCCAGCGUAGCAAUCCCUUCCGAGGUGGGAGAGGAGGGAAUCGAGUACACCAGCUACGAUCAACUGCCAGCGGAAGCCAAGGCUACCCAGGCGGCGCCUGCAGCUUCAGAGCAGACCCGAAAUGUAUCAGCAGACCUGCCCAUCCACCAGCCCAAGGCUUCGGUCCCGCACUCGACUGCCAAGAGCCGCAUCCAGGGAGUCACGCGUACUGACUCGACGCAGGCCGCAGCGGCGGGCAUCGGCAAGGCUCAGCCGGACGAUGACGUGCACAAAGGCCCAUCCGACACCGGUGCACCGAUCAGUCGCGUGACCAGUAGGACGUACGACGACCAUCUCAGGAGAGUGCCGUCGACCGAGCCGCAAUCACUGCGGCCCCGAGGAAGCUUCAGUCGUCCAGGUUCAAGCUUUCAGAAUGGUACUCCGCGGCCACCAAGUGUGCACAGCCAGGACGUUCGCGAUGGUAUCCCUGAGAUUGGGCAGCAGAUUCCGCUGUACAAGAACGCAGGUGAUGUGCAAGCACCUUCACCGGCUCCGACGCAGUCACAGUUCACGCCCGGUAUUGGCUUUUUCAAUGACGGCUCGACACGGUCACACCACCGCAAGAGAAGCUCCAGGCAAGAGUUCGGGCCACCUGGCAGCUACGGCUUGCAUCACGGUGCCGAGCCGCACGACCAGUUCGAGAGAGAUUGGGUCCUCAAGCAUCCGGAGGAGGCGGCGAAGGAGGGAUAUCAUCCGUACCUACUGAGACCGGAGACAGCAUUGAGCAGCGAACAGCUCAACCGGAUUGUUUCCGAGAACCAGGAUGUUGGCAUGGGCACCUCUCCAGGCAUGGUUGGCACACCGUCGCAAGACAUUGCAUUCGAAGCUACUGACCAAUUUGCCUUCCGUAUCAACACACCGAAAGCUUCCCCUGCCCCACUUACAGAGGCCAGCAAGCGUCUUUCCGGUGACCGUCCAGCACCUACCGAGUCUCCACUUCGCAAGUCCAGUUUUCCGUUCCAUGAGACGAAACACAUGCGCAAUGACAAGGCGAUCGAAAGCGAAGAUGACGAAGUCAUUCAUGAAGGGCGCGGCAUUCCGAUAUUGGCUUCUGACGAGGUCAUCAAGCGUCCAAGCAGCGCAUUCCUGGAACCUGCUGUGGAAGCGUCGCCGGCUGAUCGCGACUACGAUAGUGACGACAUGCCUCCUAGCCGUAGAAGCAGCUUGAAGCCGCUGAGUCGUCCAUCGAGCCGACCGAGCAGUAUGCAUGGAUACCACGGCGGUCCACUACAUCGCUUCAUCUCUCACGAAGAGCACCAUGGCUCCGGCAUGGGCACCCCACUUGAGGAGAUCGAAGAGUACGAACCUUUGUUCCCGGAAGAAGAAGAUGGAGAGCGUCAGCCCAAGCGCCAGUUCCGACAGCGACCUGGCCUGGCACAGCACCACUUCCCAUCCCAGGACAUCUGGGAGGACACGCCGAGCUCUCUGCAAUACUCCACCACCGUACAGACUCCUGAGCCACCAGCCGAAAAGAUCGCGGCAAGCGGCGGCGCGCCCGGCAAGGUCUUCGAGACGCCGGAGCAGGAAGAAGCGCGCAAAACGAAGAAUCCAGCAGGCAUGCUCGACGACAGCAAAACCUUUGCCAAGCCACACUUCAAGCCUGGCGUGCUAGAAGAGCAACAUUCGGAGAGGCCUGGUGUCCGUCGCUUCCCCAGCCGUGACAUCUGGGAAGAUACGCCCGACUCGAUGCGGCUUGUCACCACCGUCAGCUCGCCACAGAUGGAAGAAGUCAGGAGCCCGCCGGAAGACCGACCAACGACUUCGGCUUUGCCGUCUCGGCAGGAUGAGGCUGAGGCAAGAAGCACGACCGGCCUGACCCAGCUUAUGCGCCCAGGCCUACCGGCUCGGCCGGAGCGUAAGAGUAAGCUGGCGGAAGAGAUCAAGCCUGCCAUGGACGAUGAACGCUCGAAAGAACCGACGAUACCUGACAGGCCCAAGCCGACUGUGCCUGCCCGUCCAGCGCGUGCUGCACACGCCGACCAAGCGGAAGGCGAAGCGACAACGAGAGAGGCGCCCACUGAUGAAGCCGCGCCGCCGGCAUCAGCGCAGAAAGCGAAGCCAGCUGUACCCGCCAGACCGGCAGGAAGCAAGAUUGCUGCGAUGCAAGGUGCUUUCAUGAACGACCUCAAUAAUCGGCUGAAGCUUGGCCCGCAAGGACCUUCACCCAAAGCCCAAGAGCCUGAGCCGGAGGCUGAAUCUGAUGCGCCCAAGGAGCCAUUGAGUGAUGCCAGGAAGGGCAGAGCUAAGGGUCCCGCACGACGCAAGCCCGCCGGCGCUGCAACGGAUGCGUCAGGGUUCUCGUUCUCAACACCUACGGUGCUUUGGCAGAUCGACGAAAGCGAUGAGCUCCACGUCACUGCCAUGGAGACUGCAGAGGCCGAUAUGGAGCCUAAUGCAGAGCUCGAGAAGCAGAUGUCGGCUAAUGAAGCGGCCAAC